AUGAUUUCUCAUACGCUAAAUUAAUGUGCAUCUUUCCAGAUAAAUGAAAAUAAGAUUAAUGAAGUCAUUAGAGGAACAAAAACCUAAAGUCAAAAAAAACGAUAAGUAGAAUGCUAAUAAGAAAAAUUAACAAGUGAAUGUACUUAAGAGUAAGAAGGAACUAUAGGAAGAAAGGUAUAUAUAUUAUCUUUUCUAUGUCAUAGAUGAAACAGUAAUUUAAAAGGAAGAAUGAUGAAUUCGAUUCAAUCAUUUGUAUAAAAAGUAUAAUAACCUUAUCUUUCUGUGUUCUUGAAGAGGAACAUCUGUAUAAUUACCAAUAACAGAAUCAAUAGGAUUUAUAAAGUCAAUAAGAUUUAUCAUAAAAAAUGGUAGACUAAAGUGAUAUCGAAGCCUUUUAGUUGCCACCAUCUGUUCAAUAAUUUUAACAUCAAAAUAAAAAGUCUCAUAAAAAAACAAAAAACAAAAAAAAUAAAGUUGACUCUCAACGAAAAACCUUAAAAAACUAAACUUUAACAUAAAAAUAGCAUCAACCUUAGAUAGAUUAAUAUAUUAAGGAUAAAUAAUGUAAUUAGACUUCUCCUCAAAAUUUUCAUAAAUUAAAAUAGUAAACAGCUUCAUAAAAAUAAUAAAUAUUAGCUAGUUUGAAUUAAAUAGAGAAUAUUCAGAAAUGCAAAAAGGAGUCUAGUGAUUUAGAUGCUUAAUUAUUACAUGUAAUUUAAAAAUAUUAUAUAGAUUGGUGCUGUAAGUACAACAACAGGGAAUUCUCAAUCAGAAUCUGAUGACUGUUUAUUGUAAUAAGAUGAGAACAAUUAGAAAGACUCAAGUUUAUAAAAACAAAAUAACAAGGAGAAAUAUAAAAAGAAAAAUUACAAUAAUAUAGAAAAAGUUGGAAACAAAUAAUAUAUAUAUUCUUCACAAACAACCCCUAUAAAACGUAAAUAAUUAAAUUUAAACAAAUCUAAAACACAAGACAUAGAUGAGUUUAUAAAUAACAUACAAAUAAAAAGUUAUUAAAAUAAAAUAAGAAAACGAAUAUGUUUUAAUAGAUUACAUUAUAUUAUUUCCAUGAAUUCGGAACUAAAUAUUUACGCUUAUGGAUCCUUCGAAACUGGACUCGAUUUAGAAGUAAGUGAUGUUGAUAUAGGAAUUUGGGGAACAUAAACAUUGAGUUAUAAUUAGAUAGUUAACUUUUUACAGUAGAUAAAUUCGAUUUUAAAAUAGACACCAUUUUUUGUAAAAUCAUAGUAUGAUUAUUUUACAAUCAUAGGUUAAUUCAAAGUCAUAUGCCAAUACUAAAAUUAGAAUUGAAUCCUAAGACUGAGUUUUAUAAUGACAAUGCUUAUAUUUAAUAAAAUUGGCACAGUUUUCAUCUAGAUUAAUAAGAUCCUGGUAUUUUAUGAUGAUUAUCUUAGGAAAAAUAAUUUAGGUUGAUUUAACUUGGAUAUAUUAAUGGAGCAAUAUUUAUAACAAUCCACAUUUAGGCUUUGUUUCAACAACAAUUAUCAAAGAUUGGGUCAAUCGAUUUUAUUGGUAUAGAGAGAUAAUGUUAAUUUUGAAAUAUUUGCUUAAAUCCAAAAAUCUUAAUGAUGUUCAUACAGGUAUCAUUCAUGAUAAAUAUUGUAGGAGGAAUAUCUUCAUUUUGUUUGUCAAUAAUGUUAACUGCUGUCUAUAUGUGCAAGCAUUACACUCAAAAUGAUAAAAAAUAAAUUCUUCUUGACUUUUUAAAAAAGUAUGCAAUUUAAUUUGAUCCCUUAAAAGAGGGCAUUUACAUAGAUGGUUAUGGGUACAAAAAUUAUCUAGUCUAGGUAAUAAAACCCAUUUAUCGCCUUGGAUGAAUGUCCCCCUUAUAAUCCUCUCACAAUCUACUCACCAAUUAAUUACUAAAUAAUUUCUCAUAAAGCUAUUAGAUUUCCUGAGAUUUAGGAAGCAUUUAGAAAGUUAUAUGAACAUUUGAUGAAAUCUAAUAAAAUUCAAGAUUUCUUUGAUAUUCCCUAAUAAAUGAAUUAAUAAUUAUUUAUUUGA